AAAAAAAAAAAAAAAAAAAAGAGUUAGACUUACUAUGUUGCCCCCCCUUUCCAACUAAUCUUUAACAUACCCCACCCAAGUUUUUCUCUCCUUAUCAUUACUCCACUUUUUGGCCACACCUGCCACUUCUGACCUCAUAAUCCCUCAACUGCAGCCUCAGGCCCCACCCCUGGGGAUACUGGUUAUCCACAACUACCAACAGCUCUCUCCUGCCUGUCCAGCCUGGGCAUCCUCAGCCUAUGAAAUCCAUCUGCCUCUCCAGUCCACCAACCCUAUAGGCCUAUUUGCCCCACACAAGGCUUCUAGAACACCCUCCUUCUGCAUGACUCAUCAGGGCAUUUUGUGAAGAGUGAGACGAUCUUGAGGGCAUGUUCAUCUUCAUCAAACAUGGAGAUAAUCAGCAGUUUCUGGUCAAUACCAACUGUGCUGUCGUCGUGUUGCUGCAUUACAUCCGCAGUAAAGUAAAGUUGCCUAAAACAAGCACCAUCGAUUUGUGUGAACAAACGGGGAAAAUGAAGAUGCUUUUCCUGAUGAAGCCCACCCAUGCAGAGUAUGCCAGCAAAUACCUUACAGCUCGAAGCACCUACUACGUCUGUAAGGUGGAGCGUGGGCCACCAGGUAGAGGCUCAGGAAUGUUCCCCAGAAAUAGAACAAUGCCUUCAAGAUAGAUUAUGAACCUUAUCUUUAAAACAAGGCAUCCAAGGCUGGGCACAGUGGUUUAUGCUUGUAAUCUCAGCACUUUGAGAGGCCAAGGCGGGAGAAUUGAUAGAGGGCAGGAGUUUGAGACUAGCCUGGGCAGCAUAACAAGACCCUGCCUCCAAAACCAAAACCAAAACCAAAAACAACCAAAACCAAAUUAAAACAAAAAACAGAACACCCUCAAAAAACAGAACGCCCUCAACUAGAUCCAAAUUGACCAUCUCUAGUCAGCCUAAGGAAGGGCACUACCUCUAUAAUAAUAGGUUAUCUGACACAUACUCUCCCCUAGGCCCAUACCUAAGGGGAAGAAGUAAGAUCCACUAGCUUAAAGUAGUUUGUUUGUUUGUUUUGUUUUGUUUUUUGGAGACGGAGUUUCGCUCUUGUUGUCCAGUUGUUGAGGCUGGAGUGCAAUGGGCGAUCUCAGCUCAUUGCAACCUCCGCCU